AUGAGGACCCAUGCAUUUGAUCUCAACGUGGGAGAUCAUUUGGCGGCAUUUAACCGUCUCAGCAAGCUCAAGAUAGAACCUCCAAUCUUCAGUCUCAAUUAUGAGACGCACUCAGCACUUCCGCAAAGGCCUGUGCUCUACAAUCUCCAGCAAUCAAACCUGCGUGCUCUCGAGGAGGCUCCCGAGUAUCGAUGUGAGCCUUUGGUGAAGAAGGCAGAUGAAAUCAAUGAAGAGAUGAGGAAUGAGAAGCUCAACUGUAACAGAAAGUCUUUUGUUCUCGUACAAGAUGCAAUGAAGCUUGGAAAUGUGUCUUCGCAUUAUCUAGAUGAUAUACUAGCACAUGCCAUCCAGCCAAUAAAUUCAGUCCCCGCGCUAUCUCCUGCUCUUGCACCCUUGGACGUGAGCGAUUUGGCCUUCAGCAGUCCCUCGCCUGAGCCAGAGCUUCAGAUGCUACCCAGUCCUGCCUCGACCGAGAUCUUGGAAACUUCGAAGCCACAAAACCACCAGUCCAAAGAUCCCGAUGCAAGUCACGGCCCUUAUGUCCUCGAACGCGUACAGCGGACUUCUAAGGGAGGUGCCGGUGGCAUGAUGCAGAUAGAUCGGCCUCUAUCAGCAGCUGAAAGACUGCAAAUCUGGGACCAUGCAGCAACAGUCGGCGUAACUGAGCCUUGCGAAUCCACGGCGUUUGCAGCCGAAGAGGGAAGAAGUCAACGGAAUUCACAAGAUAUACAGCUCCAGGCGAACCUAAUAAUACAGAAACUGGACAACCACGACGAACAACCAGCGUCACAUUCCGCCCCGUUAGCAGAACGAAAGGUGUCGGAGAAAGAACAUGAAUGGCUGGUGACUGAAACUCCAGUCAAAGAGAAUACAGCAGUAGUUCUACAGUCUCGACCCGCAUCAAUCUCCCCGUCCACUACCUGCUAUUCUUCGCAUACAAAUGACGCAGCAUUCGAAGCGUCAAUUCAAUGUUCUAAUAAUGAUUCAGGAGAGUCAGACACUCAUCACUCAGCCCCAGAUCCCCAUGCCUCCAGCACUCAAGAACAGGCCAACAGGAAAUCGGUCAGCAACAUAACUGUCGAAGGAGGAAUUGUAUCAACGAAUCAGAAUGUCCCAACACUACCUGUCCUUGAUUCCCAGAUUGUCUCAAAGCAGGGACAACCAACCAGUAGGAUCCAGCAGAGCAAUAUAAGCGCGUUUAUGGUCGGCGAUAGUGAUCUGACUGCAGCGACUCAGACUCGGCUUCAGACCAACACCCCUGCCACCGUCUUCAAUCAACAUUUACAGCAGAGGAAGAGGAAGCGACAGCUUACCAACAAAAGUUUCGUCGGAUCCUCGCAGUCUGAGCAACAGGAGCAGCAAAGGCAGGUUAGGAAACCGUCAUUUACAACUGUGGGUUCUUUGGCCGCCUUCAUGGAGACAAGAGGGCGAAACGAGAUGCGGAAUAUGGUGACACAAAGCCCAUACUUCCCAGCGGGAAAGUCAACUGACGACGUUUCCAAGCGACAAAGUGAUGAAGUGAGCAUAGAGAAGCCCGAAAGCUGCUUAAAUGAGCCAAACAAAAGCGAAAACGUCUCGGAUAUAGUACAGACAGCCACACAACUUCCUCGCUUUCAGCAGCAGACGGGAGAACAGCCGAUCCUGUUCUUAUCAACCACACUUCUGAAGAGUCACCUUCGGCUUGUACGCUGUCUUGAAGGAAUGGCAGGCCUGCCAGUAAUCGUAUAUAGAGACUAUAAUCAGGAAACCUCUGGUAGUGAGCCUCGAGGGAAGCAUACAACCUCUAGCAUGAACAACAACCCCACUCAUCAAAUUGAAGCAGAUAUUAUAAUCUCGCCGAGUACUGGUCUCGUACUGACAACAUCGCAGGCGGCAACACAGCUAUACCUACCAGGCCACAAGUCCACUCACCCUGAGACGAACACUGAGUGCAUCAACUCACCACUUCGAGAACGCAUCUUCCUUCUCGCUCCUCGAUACGAAAGAAUCUACCUGUUCAUUUGCCAUAGUGCACCUUCUCCUAAAGAGUCGCAAGGCAAACAAUCGGGUCCAACAGCUGACAAGCGACUGUUAGCGUCCAUCGCCUCGUUGACUGCGUUUUGCAACUCGAUGUCCGCCUAUGCAACAAUCAACCCAUUGCUAGCACCUUCCUCCCCAGAAACCGCGGCGGGCUGGAUCCUUUCGCUUGCAAACAAGCACAUUGCGCGACUUCCCGAGAAUCCGACGCGGAUUCCGCCCAGCACAAGCUUCACACCGAUUAACUCGCCACAGAAAAACCGAUUGAGGCCGGAAAUAAUGAUGAGAACAACCGUCUGGGAGUUGUUCCUCCGCCAGGCCGGUUUGAACCCGUAUGCUGCGCAACUGAUUUUGGCGUUCAUCAAGCGAGAAGACGAAGAAGAGCGGACUUAUAUACGUUACGCAUCCCCUAAAGCUGCCAGUUCUAGCUCUGUGGAGGACGGAGGUACACAUGGCCUUGCUAGGUUUAUCGAGAUGGAGCCAGAUCGAAGAAAGGAGGUCUUCGGUCAGCUAAUAGGUGACAGGAUGAUGGGGCGGAUCAACCAUAUUCUCGACAAAGAUUGGCAGUGCGACUGGGUCCUUAACUUUGACGUUGAUACGGAACUAUGA